AUUUCAAUUCAUGUUUUGCAGUUGAAGCUUUAUAUCAAACUACAUACCCAGAAUAUCUCCAGUACAUUUACUUGGUGGCGCCAAUAUCUCUUAUGAUGUUAAACCCUAUAGGGUUUAUCUUCUGUGAAAUUCAGAAGUGGAAAGACACCCCCAAUGCUUCUCAAAACAAAGUGAAAAUUGUGGGACUUGGACUUCUGCGUGUAUUACAGAACCCAAUAGUAUUUAUGGUCUUCAUUGGUAUAGCCUUCAAUUUUAUUCUUGAUCAAAAGGUGCCCAUGUAUAUGGAAAAUUUUCUUGAUGGACUUGCAAAUUCUUUUUCUGGAUCAGCCCUAUUUUAUCUUGGCCUGACAAUGGUAGGAAAAAUAAAGAAACUGAAGAAGUCAGCAUUUGUUGUACUAAUUCUUCUCAUCACAGCUAAACUCCUGGUGCUGCCCCUUCUGUGCAGAGAAAUGGUGGAACUCUUGGACAAGGGCGACAGUGUAGUGAACCAUACAAGCUUAUCAAAUUAUGCAUUUUUGUAUGGUGUAUUUCCUGUAGCACCGGGAGUGGCUAUCUUUGCAACACAGUUCAACAUGGAAGUAGAGAUUAUAACUUCAGGAAUGGUAAUAAGCACAUUUGUGUCCGCGCCAAUCAUGUAUGUCUCUGCCUGGUUACUGACCUUUCCCACUAUGGACCCUAAGCCAUUGGCCUAUGCCAUCCAAAAUGUUAGUUUUGAUAUAAGUAUUAUCAGCCUGGUCUCCUUGAUCUGGUCUCUAGCUAUUCUUCUUUUGAGUAAGAAAUAUAAACAGCUUCCGCAUAUGCUUACAACUAACUUACUCAUCGCUCAGUCUAUUGUCUGUGCUGGAAUGAUGAUAUGGAAUUUUGUUAAAGAAAAAAAUUUUGUUGGACAAAUUCUGGUGUUUGUUCUAUUAUAUAGUUCUCUCUAUAGCACCUACCUGUGGACAGGCCUUCUAGCAGUUUCUUUAUUUCUUUUGAAAAAGAGAGAGAGCAUACAAAUUCCUGUUGGAAUCAUCAUAAUAUCUGGCUGGGGAAUUCCUGCUCUCCUUGUGGGUGUUCUUUUGAUAACUGGAAAACAUAAUGGAGAUAGCAUUGACUCAGCAUUCUUUUAUGGAAAAGAGCAGAUUAUUAUCACAGCAGUCACCCUGUUCUGCAGCAUCGUGAUAGCUGGCAUAUCACUCAUGUGUAUGAAUCGCACCGCCCAAGCAGGACGCUACGAAGGUUUUGACCAGUCUCAGAACCACAAAGCAGCAGAACCUGGAAACGCUGCUUUUGAGGAGAGUGCAGAGCCCAUAAGUGAGCCUGAGCCUUUUACAACUCCUGUCCCAGACGCAAGUUGCUGCUCCUGCUCCAUGGGAAAUGGUGGAUUGCACUGCCCGUCCACAGAACCAGCAGCCAACACAAGCACCCUGGGGCCUGGAACUGCUUCAUUUGAGAAAAAUAAUCAUUGUGUGAGUCGCUGUAACUCCCAGAGCUGCAUGUUAGCCCAGGAAGAAGAACAGUAUCUGCAGAGUGGAGAUCAGCAACUGACUCGACAUGUGUUGCUGUGUUUACUUCUGAUUAUUGGCCUGUUUGCUAAUCUUUCCAGUUGUUUAUGGUGGCUAUUCAACCAAGAGCCUGGAAGACUGUAUGUUGAAUUACAGUUUUUCUGUGCUGUGUUUAACUUUGGCCAGGGAUUUAUUUCCUUUGGCAUCUUUGGACUGGACAAACAUUUAAUCAUCCUGCCUUUCAAAAGAAGACUUGAAUUCCUGUGGAACAAUAAAGAAAUAGCAGAAAACAGGGCUUCUCCUGUUCCUGAGGAAAUAAAAAUGACCUGUCAACAAUUUAUCCAUUAUCACCGUGACCUCUGUAUUCGAAACAUUGUCAAGGAAAGAAGGUGUGGUGCAAAGACUUCUGCUGGGACCUUCUGUGGCUGUGACCUGGUGAACUGGCUGAUUGAAGUUGGUCUUGCAGCUGACCGUGGUGAAGCUGUGAUAUACGGAGACAGACUGGUGCAAGGGGGAGUUAUCCAACAUAUUACUAACGAAUAUGAAUUUCGGGAUGAGUACUUGUUUUACAGAUUUCUUCAAAAGAGUUCUGAACAGAGUCUUCCUGUUUUUAAUGCAAACACUUCCCCACAGGAAAGAUAAAGAAAUUGAGUGUUCUUCCCCAUCCCCUAAGACCUAAAGUAUGAAGGAGAUAAGCCCAAGUGGAGUUAUAGUCUAGCCCCAGAUCUGUUACUGUGUGACCCUGGGCAAAUUACAACCUCCCUAAGCUUCAGGUGCCUCUGUAUAAUUUGAUGAGAUGUGCUCCCACCCCAAGAAUUUUACGAUUUCAUGUGUAGGAAACUGACUAAGGAAGGAGAGAAAACCAAAUCAAAAUUUAAAGUUCUGAUAAUAAAUAGUUAAUAUAAACUAAUUAUGCCAACAUUUUAAAACAUUGCUUCCUGCAACUGUUUGCUGUGAUAUGAAAAUCAACAUCCAAUUUACUAUUCUUUAAAUUGCCAAAUUUGGCAGGUGUACUGCUGACAUGAAGAGGAGCUUAAAUUAUGACAACUUUGCAUUUAUUGAUAGCACCUCCUACAAACAAAUUUAAUGAUCCUAAUAAGAGGCCUUGUUGUUCUGUUCUUCCCAUUUCCUUGACAAACAGUACUCAUUAAAACCUAGAAGCACUAUUUUUCAGGUUUAUGUUUUCUUUUCUAUCCAAAGUACUAAUCUGUGCCAUUAGGAGGGAAGUAAGAACCUCCAUAAAUAUUAUCCCCAUCAACAGAAGUAUAGUCUAAUCUUUAACUUUAAUACUAAAAAUAAUAAUUUGAGCAGAUUCACUUAAAAUUCAUCAAUAAAAUCAUUGCUAUGUGA